GGUGAAUCAUACGGCACUAAAAAAAAUCUCACACACUCCCAUACAGAGAGAGAGAGAUAGAGCAGAGAGAGAGAGUGUGUUGCUAUGGCUGCUAGGAGGAUAUCUGGGUUGCUUUCUCGCUCGUUUACUUCUGCUUCUGCUUCUGCUCUGUUUUCAGGAGGGAGGAGUUCAAACCUUGGUAGAGGAAUCAGCAGAUAUAGUACAACUGCAGCUGCUACUGCUGCUGAGGGACCAAUAGUUCCAUCUGUAGCUGUGAAUUAUACCCAACUUUUAAUUAAUGGGCAGUUUGUGGAUGCAGCCUCAGGGAAGACUUUCCCAACAUAUGAUCCCAGGACAGGGGAAGUGAUUGCCCAUGUUGCUGAAGGAGAUGUUGAAGAUGUAAAUAGAGCAGUCUCUGCUGCCCGCAAAGCGUUUGAUGAUGGACCAUGGCCAAAGAUGACUGCUUAUGAAAGGGCAAGGAUAUUGCUACGCUUUGCUGAUUUGAUUGAAAAGCAUAAUGAUGAAAUUGCAACACUUGAGACUUGGGAUAAUGGGAAACCAUAUGAGCAGGCUUCUAAAAUUGAAGUACCAAUGGUUGCACGUCUAUUUCGAUACUAUGCUGGUUGGGCCGAUAAGAUUCAUGGUCUUGUAGUUCCAGCUGAUGGGCAGCAUCAUGUGCAAACCUUGCAUGAACCAAUUGGUGUUGCAGGUCAGAUUAUUCCAUGGAAUUUUCCUCUUCUCAUGUUUGCUUGGAAGGUCGGGCCAGCAUUAGCAUGUGGCAACACUGUUGUUAUCAAGACAGCAGAGCAGACACCAUUAACUGCUUUAUAUGCAGCCAAGCUAUUUCAUGAGGCUGGACUUCCAGAAGGUGUUUUGAAUGUGAUUUCUGGUUUUGGUCCAACUGCUGGUGCAGCUCUUGCCAGUCAUAUGGAUGUGGAUAAGCUUGCUUUUACUGGAUCAACCGAAACGGGAAAAGUUGUUCUCGAGUUAGCAGCGAGAAGCAAUCUCAAGCCAGUAACUCUGGAACUUGGAGGGAAAUCCCCUUUUAUUGUUUGUGAGGAUGCUGAUAUUGAUCAGGCGGUUGAGCUGGCUCACUUUGCUUUAUUCUUUAAUCAGGGCCAAUGUUGCUGUGCUGGCUCUCGCACGUAUGUUCACGAGCGUGUAUAUGAUGAAUUCAUAGAAAAAGCAAAGGCACGUGCUGUAAGACGUCUUGUUGGUGAUCCAUUCAAGGGGGGUGUUGAACAAGGCCCUCAGGUUGAUUCAGAACAAUUUGAGAAGAUUCUGAGGUACAUAAGAUCUGGUAUUGAAAGUGGAGCUAAACUUGAAGCUGGAGGAGAGAGAUUUGGCACCAAGGGCUAUUACAUCCAGCCCACAGUUUUCUCAAACGUUACAGAAGAAAUGCUGAUAGCAAAAGAGGAGAUAUUCGGUCCAGUUCAGUCGAUCUUGAAGUUCAAGGAUUUGAAUGAAGUCAUACACAGAGCAAAUAGCAGUCAAUAUGGUCUGGCAGCAGGGGUGUUCACGCAGAGCAUAGACACUGCAAACAUCCUGACACGAGCAUUACGAGUCGGAUCAGUAUGGAUCAAUUGCUUCGAUAUCUUUGAUGCGGCGAUUCCUUUUGGCGGAUACAAGAUGAGUGGACAUGGAAGGGAAAAGGGGAUUUACAGCCUUAGCAAUUACUUGCAAGUGAAAGCUGUGGUUACUCCCUUGAAGAAUCCAGCAUGGUUAUAAACCUUUUUUAAGUUUUUUUUUUUUGAACCUUUUCGUUCCGUUGUUCUUGCUGCAAAGUUGAGAAUAAAAGCGUAGACUGCCUGAAAAUGUAAGACUGCUAAUGAGUGUUGAUGUUGAUGGAAGUAAGCCAAGAGGGUGGUGAUAAUGACGAAGAUAAGAACAUGAAGCUUAAGUCUUUUUAAUGGUUUUAGAUUCAUAUUUGUAAUAAAAAUCUUCAGCAAUUAUGGCUACUUAGAUUAAUAUGGAACUGUUGUUAUUGUCAGUAACUUUUUCUGACAAUUGCUAGAUCUAA